AUGAGCAACGAAUCGGCGAAUGAGGUGUCGAUGGAUGGCAGCCAUCAGCAGAUGAACGGCACGAAUGGCACCACUAAUGGCUCGGCGCUCAAGACCACGUCCACCGGCUAUGACACCAUCGACUCGGCCAUCGCCCUCAAGAACCACUGCAACCAUAGCCAACACCCGAUCACUAACCACACCAACCAUUUGGUGAGCCCUAACGCCAACCCCUCGAUCGCCACAGUCUUCGGCGACACGAAUGGCAUUCAUUUGGAUGCGACGGACGAACCCAUGGCUUCCGAUUGCGACGAAAGCAAUGAUAAUCACAUUUACGACAACAACAGGUCAUCGGUGGUCAUGACUAACGGCGAUAUCAAUGAUAACGACGACAUCACCACUGAUGGAGAUCUGGUGAUCGACGAGAAUGUGGUGAACGACCAGUUGUUGCCAUCACACGAUGACGUGAGCCUCUGGAUGAAUGAGUCCAACGGACAGCCAUUUGGUCCCAAGACAUGGGAUGAGACCGUAGACCAAGACGGGGAUAUGAUUACCAGUAAUGACACCACUGUUGAUGUACAAGUCAAUGAUAUUGAUAUUGAUUUCAAAGAGGACUCCAUUGAAGUGCGUUAUAAGACUGAGACUCAAGAGGACAAAGACGAUGCCAUACAAUUGGGUUAUACUAAUGGCCCACAACUGCCAGUGGCCCACAAAUCAUAUGACAGUCAACAAGAGGCCAGCGAUCAAAGGAUUAAUGAUUGGCUUAAAUCGAGUGACGGGGGCUUCAAGAAAGUGGAUGACAGCACCUCAUCCAAGGACAGAGAGAUAGUUCUGGUGCCCAACGACUUGGAUAAUAUUGGGUCCCAAUUAUCGCCAUCACCUUCACGUACUGUUAAACCCAAACUCAUAGGUUUCACUGGUUUGCAAAACUUAGGCAAUACUUGUUUCAUGAAUUCUGUUGUUCAGUGCCUUUCAAAUACCGAUCCAUUUCGAGACUACUUUACCUCGGGACAAUAUGCACACGAUAUCAAUACGACUAAUGCUUUUGGUUCGGGAGGUGUUAUCUGCAAGACGUUUGCCGAUGUACUGAAGCAACUGUGGGCCGGCACUGACACCUCCAUAGCGCCUCAUAAGCUAAAGGAGCGAAUGGGCGAGAAGUGCCCCACGUUUUCCAGUUAUAUACAACAAGACGCUCAAGAGUUCUGCGCGUAUUUGCUGGAUGUGCUCCACGAGGACCUCAACAAACGCCGCGAACGGCCCGCCAUUAAAGAUGAUAAUAGCGAUGAGUCGGACGAACCCAUUGACGACCAGGUAUUGGCGGACGAGUCCUGGCGUACGUUUGGUCUCAUGAAUCACUCCAUAGUUACCGAACAAUUCUACGGUCAAUACAAGUCCAAACUCGUGUGUCCCACCUGUCAAAAAGUUUCGGUGACUUUCGAUCCAUUUGUGUAUUUAUCACUUCCGUUACCCAAACCGAAAGUGGAUUAUGAGGUCUACUUCUUCAAGCGGGACUCCAAUGGUAUGUCGACAUCGAAACCCACCAAAUAUUACCUCAAACUCCCCAAAGAGUGUUUCGUGAAGAACCUGUUGGACGAGGUCUCAGCCGUGACUGGAGUUAACUCUUCAUUGUUGCGAUGCCUACAGUGCUAUGCUAGCGGUGCCAUUGAGAAGUUCCAUCAGCCCAGUUGGUCACUCCAUAAGCCAGAAACCGGGAAAUAUUUGCUCGUUUUCGAGCUCAUGGGACCCAAAGAGGACGACGACGUCGAGGAGUACUUUGUGGUUCAGCGUUUAGCGAAACCUAAAAAGAGUGAUAACUGCGCCAAAUGUGAUAAAAACAGCAGUUGGGACAACAUUGAGCUCAAGUCAUGCCAGAAAUGCUAUCGAGUGGCCUAUUGUGAUAAAACGUGUCAGACCGAGCACUGGCCGACCCAUAAAAAGGAUUGUAUUUAUAAGCCGGAGAUAACAGGGAUGCCAUUCAUCAUAACAGUGCCCAAAUCUAAGCUCACGUACCGGAACUUAUGGACAAUAAUUUAUUCAUACGCUCGCCAUUCAGUGGAUCUGUCGGUGCCAUUAAACCUGAAUGAGUUCCCGACUCCGCCGCCAUUUAAACUCCGCAUAUAUCAGGACUGGAAUAGAGAGGAGACAUCGGAACUCCUCGAACCUGACGCUCAAGACUCUGAUGUUGAUAAUGACAACGACAACGACAACCGAUACGAUACACAAAUCAAAGCUAAUCACUAUUACUUGGCUAUGGAUUGGACU